GUUGACCAAAUUUGUCAGUGUGGGUUUUGUAAAAGGAGGUGUGUACUGUUCGUCUUCCACCAAAAUGCAGUGAUAUUUGUGAAGUUUAAAAAAAAAACAUUUGGUUCAUUCCGUUUUUUUUCCUGACGCCUGCCAAAAAAUCCAGAAACAUGGAUUCGACGAACAGCAUUACACGAACAGUGUUUCUAUUAACUGCCUUAACAACAAUUGUGAUAGCGCAAAUCUCGCAGCCACAACAAAACCCCUGCACCUCGAAACUAACGUGCCACGACUGCAUACAAACACCCUCCUGCGCCUGGUGUUACGCACCGAAUAUUAAAGAAAGUCCGCGAUGUUUUCAACCAAACUCACCGAUCCCCCCGAAGGAGGAGUGCCCGGAGGAGUUCAUCUACAAUCCGGACAACUUGAUGAGCAUAGUGACCAACUACGAGCUCUCGAAGGCACAUUCGAAGGGCGGCGAAGGAGGCGGCAACUGGAUGAGCGGCAUCGAAGGUAGCUGGAACUACAGCGAACACACCUCCAGUUCGGGCAGUGCGAGCGGCGGCUGGGGCGGCGGCGUAGGCGGCGGAGGAAUGGGUGCCGGACAGAUCGUGCAAGUCGCGCCGCAAAGGAUGAAUCUGAAACUGAGGGCGAAGCAAACGCACAGCAUCCACAUGGCGUACACUCAAGCCGAAGACUAUCCGGUCGAUCUGUAUUAUCUCAUGGACCUGAGCAGGUCUAUGUACGACGAUAAGGAGAAGUUGAGUUUGUUGGGGGACAAGUUGGCUAGUACCAUGCAAAAGAUCACCACCAAGUUCAGUUUGGGUUUCGGCAGUUUCGUGGAUAAGGUCAAGAUGCCUUAUGUCAGCACCUUGAAGGAAAACCUAGAGCGACCGUGCACCCUCUGCGAGCCGGGGUACCCCUACAGCAACGAGGAUAACUGCGAACCCUGCGCCGCACCCUACGGAUACCGGAACGUCAUGAGGCUGUCACGUGACACCUUGAACUUUUCACACAUGGUGAAACAAGCUUCAGUGUCUGGAAAUUUGGACGCCCCUGAAGGUGGUUUUGAUGCGAUCAUGCAGGCUGUGGUGUGCAGAAAUGAAAUUGGAUGGAGAGAACAAGCUAGAAGGCUUCUGGUCUUCUCAACUGAUGCCAGUUUCCACUAUGCUGGAGAUGGAAAGUUGGGAGGUAUUGUGAAACCGAACGAUGGAUUAUGCCACUUGGACAGUAACGGUUACUACUACGAGUCAUCGAAUCAAGAUUACCCGAGCAUUGAACAGAUCAAUAUGGUUGUAAAAAAGAACGCCAUCAACGUUAUUUUUGCAGUAACCAAUCAAACUAUUGCUGUUUAUAAAACAUUGGCUGAACACAUUGACGGAGCAACUUAUGCUUCCAUCAACGAGGACAGUUCCAACAUUGUUGAAAUUAUCGAAGAAGAGUAUAACAAAAUCUCAUCUUCCGUAGAGAUGAAACACAACGCAUCUAGUCAUUUAAAACUGAAAUUUUUCACCAAAUGUCUUGAUGCUUCUGGAAAAUUAGUUAACACCAAUAAAUGUGGUAACAUUAAGGUUGGAGAUCUGAUCACCUUCAGAAUUGAUAUUGAAGUAAUCGAAUGUCCUAAAGAUCCAAAAGACUGGACCCAAACUAUUCAAAUAUAUCCAAUAGGUAUCAACGAAAGUUUAACUAUUGACUUGGAAAUGCUUUGUUCUUGCGACUGUGAAAGGCCCGGCCACCCAAGUUUCAAAUUUAAUGCACCCGAGUGCAACAAUCACGGCACCUACAUGUGCGGCAUCUGCGAUUGCGUGGAAGGUGCCUUCGGACGCAAUUGCGAGUGCACGCCGGAUAGCUUCGCCGAUUUGGAGAACAAAACCACCAGCUGCAUCCAUCCGAACAGCACCUCUCAAAUCGAAUGUUCCGGAAGAGGUCAGUGCUCCUGCGGACGUUGCGAAUGUCACCCACGACAACACGAAAACGAACACGUUUACGGCGAUUACUGCGAAUGCGACGACUUCUCCUGCGAACGACACAACGGCAAACUGUGCAGCGGUCCCGAUCACGGAAUCUGCGACUGCGGAAAAUGCCGUUGUCAGGAGGGUUGGGACGGUCCGAAUUGCGCCUGUCAAAAAUCGAAUGCCACCUGUUACUUGCCGGGUGUCGAGAACGGAGAGAUCUGUUCUGGUCACGGAGUCUGCGAGUGCGGCGUCUGCAAAUGCGAAUCGACAGAGGACGGCAGAUACUCGGGCAAGUUUUGCGAGAAGUGUCCAACUUGUUCGGACAGAUGCGAGGAGUUCAGGGACUGUGUGCAGUGUCAGCAGUAUAAAACUGGACCGUUGAAGGAUCCCGAUGAUUGUGCAGCUAAUUGUACCAAAUUCGUGCCCAUUCCCGUUACUGAGGUUAAAGUGCCAUCGGAGGAGGAGGGCAAUGAGAUAUUCUGCGCAUACUUCGACGAAGACGAGUGCAGGUUCAGCUAUGUGUACUACUUCGACAAGGACAAUAAAAUUCAAGUCAGAGCGCAGGAGGAACGAGAAUGCCAAGCGAAGGUUUAUGUGCCUGGAAUCGUUUUGGGAGUAAUUGCAGCUAUCGUGCUGAUCGGUAUGGCAGUUUUGCUACUUUGGAAACUUUUCACGACGAUUCACGACAGAAGGGAGUUCGCACGAUUCGAAAAGGAGAGAAUGAUGGCGAAGUGGGAUACCGGUGAGAAUCCGAUUUACAAACAAGCCACCUCCACGUUUAAGAAUCCCACCUACGCAGGGAAGAGUUAGGUCUGUUGUUUUUUUUUUGUGUUUUCUACUUUGUAAAUAUUUUACGUAAUGCAAUAGCAUCGAAUGAAACUGCCAUAUUUUUAUUGUAUAGUUUCAAAGAGUCAAAUUUGUGCCUGCGAAUCCAGUGUCUUAAUAGUUUGGAUACAACUAUUUGUGAAUAUAAUUUUACACGUUUUAAAAUAUAAGGAAAGCUAUGUAUUUUAUAGAUUAUUUAUACACUAAUGGUAUUGAUAUUUACAACAUUUUUUUUUAUAAAUUUUAUCAUAGUACUUAUUUGUUAAGAUCAUUGUAUAAUUUGCCAUCCGUUCAUGAUCAACAUUUAUUAUUACUCUGCUUUAUACGGCUUUAUGUAAUCUUUAUAUUGUUGUACAUUAACUCGAUAGACUUUUAACUUACGAGUAAGUUUGAUUUUAUUAAUAAACGACUGUUAAUUAUUGUAGACCUUACGAAUUUGUAUAAUAAAUUAAUUGUUUUAACAA